AUGUCUCUUUGUGGCACAACAGCCAACGCAAAAAUGAUGGCGGCUUACAAUGGCGGUACGUCUGCAGCAGCAGCAGGUCACCACCACCACCAUCACCACCACCUUCCUCACCUCCCUCCUCCUCACCUCCAUCACCACCACCACCCUCAACAUCACUUGCAUCCAGGCUCUGCGGCUGCGGUACAUCCCGUACAGCAGCAUGCCUCUUCGGCAGCACAACAGCCAACGCAAAAAUGAUGGCGGCUUACAAUGGCGGUACGUCUGCAGCAGCAGCAGCAGCAGCCAUAUUUCCCAUCACCGGCACCGGGUCAGGCCCCUGGACCAGCUGCAGCAGCCCCAGCUCAGGUACAAGCUGCAGCAGCUGCUGCAGUUAAAGCGCACCAUCAUCAGCACUCACAACAUCCACAACAGCAACUGGACAUUGAGCCGGACAGACCUAUUGGAUAUGGAGCCUUUGGUGUUGUCUGGUCAGUAACAGAUCCACGAGAUGGAAAGAGAGUUGCACUCAAAAAGAUGCCCAACGUCUUCCAAAAUUUGGUCUCUUGUAAAAGGGUCUUCCGGGAGUUGAAGAUGUUGUGUUUUUUUAAGCAUGACAAUGUACUCUCUGCCCUCGACAUACUCCAGCCUCCACACAUUGACUAUUUUGAAGAAAUAUAUGUUGUCACUGAAUUGAUGCAGAGUGACCUCCAUAAGAUUAUCGUCUCUCCUCAGCCACUCAGCUCGGAUCAUGUCAAAGUUUUUCUUUACCAGAUUUUAAGAGGUCUGAAAUAUCUACAUUCUGCUGGCAUUUUACAUCGAGACAUUAAACCAGGGAACCUACUUGUGAACAGCAACUGUGUCCUUAAGAUUUGUGAUUUUGGAUUGGCCAGGGUGGAAGAAUUAGAUGAAUCUCGUCACAUGACUCAGGAAGUUGUCACUCAGUAUUAUCGAGCUCCAGAAAUCCUGAUGGGCAGCCGUCACUACAGCAAUGCUAUUGACAUCUGGUCUGUAGGCUGUAUCUUUGCAGAAUUACUUGGGCGAAGAAUAUUGUUUCAGGCACAGAGUCCCAUACAGCAGCUGGAUUUGAUCACAGACCUGCUGGGCACACCGUCGCUGGAAGCGAUGAGGACGGCUUGUGAAGGCGCCAAGGCACACAUACUCAGGGGUCCUCAUAAACAGCCAUCCCUUCCUGUCCUAUAUACACUUUCCAGUCAAGCUACACAUGAAGCAGUUCAUCUCCUUUGCAGAAUGUUGGUCUUUGAUCCAUCCAAAAGAAUAUCUGCUAAGGAUGCCUUAGCUCACCCAUAUCUUGAUGAAGGGCGGUUGCGAUACCACACUUGUAUGUGUAAAUGUUGUUUUUCCACAUCUACUGGAAGAGUUUAUACUAGUGAUUUUGAACCCAUCACUAAUCCCAAAUUUGAUGACACUUUUGAAAAGAACCUCAGUUCUGUUCGGCAGGUUAAAGAAAUAAUUCAUCAGUUCAUUUUGGAACAGCAGAAAGGAAACAGAGUGCCUCUCUGCAUCAACCCUCAGUCUGCUGCUUUUAAGAGCUUUAUUAGUUCCACAGUUGCUCAACCAUCUGAGAUGCCGCCAUCUCCACUGGUUUGGGAAUAAAGUGGAAGAUAAAAUACUACUGAAGAUGUAACGUAGCUUUCCACUGGAGUCUGGGAUUUGCAAUUCUGGAGGUUAAUCAUGCUUGUACUGUAAUUUUACUAAUGAAGUUUUAAAUUAACAACCACUACUUGUACAAUAUGAAUAAUAUUUAGAAAUGUACUAGACUUUUAAUCUUGUAAAGUGGUUGUGCUUUUAGAAGAAAAUAUUUUACCCAGAGUUGCACGUGUUUUAUGAAUUCUAGUGCAGCUGUGAUGGCUCAGCUCAGAACAAACAGAAUUGAACCAAAUUCGGGGAGGUUUUUCUUUUUUCUUUUUCUUUUUUUCUUUUUAUCGAAGUGAGAUUGUACAAAAAGAUAGACAUACAUUUUGAUAUUGAGCCAUUCCUGAAGAUUUUGGGUUUUCUAAAACUAAGGAAUACAGAAAACUUGACUGCGACCAAUCAUGAAGUCACGUCGGGUGACAGUGGCCACAGUAAGUGGGCACGUCACCUGAUGAUCAAGUCCUAUAAAUAGCUUCUCACUAGAGCUGUGAUGGUGAUGUGUGCUGUUCUAAAAUCAAAUGUUGUGAGUAGAGAGAAUGAGUUUGUGACUAGGAGAGACUAAACUUCUGUUUCCUUACCCAGUAUAAAUAUAUAUAUAUAUUUA